AUGGCCACUUUAACUAAUUUUAUUAAUAUUCUCCUAGUUCUUAUCUUAUCAUGUUUAAUUCUACCUACAUUAGGUAAUUCAAAUUCAAAAAAAUAUCAUAACAGUGAUUUAUUAGAUAAUACUCCAACCUACAACAUUCCAACACAAAACAAUGUUGCUGUCAUGAACACAAUUGAUUCAUGCUGGCGAACCAAUUCAAAUUGGGCAUCAAACCGCCAAUCAUUGGCCGACUGCGCGGUCGGAUUCGGCAAAGACGCGAUCGGAGGAAAAUACGGUGACAUAUAUGAAGUCACCGAUCCUUCCGACGAUCCAAUAAACCCGAAACAUGGCACACUACGCUUCGGCGCAAUCCAAACUGAACCACUUUGGAUAAUAUUUGCAAAUGACAUGGUAAUCAAGCUGAAAAACGAGCUCAUUGUGAAUAGUUACAAAACAAUUGAUGGAAGAGGUGUUAAAGUUGAAAUUGGAAAUAAUGGACCUUGUAUUACAAUACAAGGUGUUAGUCAUGUGAUUGUUCAUGGAAUUAGUAUUCAUGAUUGUAAACCGGGUUUGGCGGGUAUGGUUAGAAGUAGUAAUGAACAUGUUGGAUAUCGCCAAGGGUGCGAUGGUGAUGGAAUUAGUGUUUUCGAUUCUUCGAAUAUUUGGAUCGAUCAUUGCUUUUUGGCGAGAUGCGCGGAUGGACUUACCGAUGUUACUCAUGCUUCAAGUCUUGUUACUAUCUCAAAUAAUUACUUUACUCAACAUGAUAAAGUGAUGUUGCUUGGACACAAUGAUGAUUACAGUGCUGAUAGAGUAAUGAAAGUGACAGUAGCUUUCAACCAUUUUGGCAGUGCUCUAAUAGAAAGAAUGCCAAGGGUAAGAUUUGGUUAUGCUCAUGUUGUAAACAACCGAUAUGAUGAGUGGCUCAUGUAUGCUAUUGGGGGUAGUGCUGACCCUAUCAUUUUCAGUCAAGGAAACUACUUCAUUGCUUCCAAAAAUUCGGAUGCAAAACAGGUUACGAAGAGAGAAACGGAUGGAGAAUGGAGUAAUUGGAAAUGGAGGAGUUAUGGUGAUGAAUUCUUAAAUGGUGCUUAUUUUGUACCAUCUGGUUAUGGAAGUUGUGCACCAUUAUAUUCAUCAUCUCAAAAUUUUGUUGCUGCUAAAGCUUCAAUGGUGCCUUUGUUAACACUCAAUGCAGGACCUCUUGAUUGUGUUGUUAACAAACCAUGUUAA